CGGUAAGUCACCGACCGACGAUGUGUUUCGAGCAUGAUAUGCAACAGACACGUUUAACAGUUUGAUAGUCAUUAGCUGAUAACAUGUCGAAGCUGUCCAUUUAGUACAUUUUCAUAUACAGAGUAAGUGUCAAGAAACAAGAUGAAGACUUUUCGAGGAUUGUUGCAUGGUGCAUCAUUUCUAAGUCGGAAAACGACAAGCAGAUCAAUACCUUAUUUAAGAUUUUUACCAGUUCUAUCAUCACAGAAAUUUAUUCAACAUGAGGCAACAACGAUCAAGAAAACUGAAAAACCCAGAGAAUUCAUACAAGAAACUAUAAGAUCGACAUCACAUGGACAAGAUCGAAAGAAAGCUCAGUUGGUUAUAUUUGACAAAGAUGGAACUCUCAUCUGUUUCCAUUCAAUGUGGGCACCAUGGGCUCACAUUGUCGCAGAAAAUAUUGCCAAAGCCAGUGAAUUAGAUAUAGAACUGAAAAUAUUUGACAAACUUGGAUAUUGUACAACCGCCCAACGUAUUUAUCCAGGGUUAUUGGCGGAAGCUACAAGUUUUAUGGUUCAAAAAGAACUAGUGCAAUUAUUAGUAUCUGAGGGUUUAACAGAGCAGCGAUCGUGGGAGGUAAUCAAAGAAUCCUGGCAAGAAGGAGAUGUCGACAAUCCAGAAGUAGUAAAGGGCAUCACUGAUUUACAGACUCUUUUUAAAAUCCUAAAAAGCAACGAUAUCAAAGUUGCGGUCUGUACCUCAGAUUCGAGAAAAGGUACAGAGUUGACAUUAGCUACUCUUGGAUUAACUAAAUACAUUGAUAUGAUCGUGUGUGGAGAUGAUCCAAAUACUGAACCUAAACCCUCUCCGUACAACGCCUUAAAGAUUUGUGAUCAAUUAGAUAUUAAUCCCAAUCGAGCUGUAAUGGUGGGUGAUACUCAAGCCGAUGUUGGCAUGGGUCGAUCAGCUAAGUUAGGUUUAAGUAUAGGAGUUUUGAGUGGAAUAGGAGGAACAGAUGAACUCAAGGAAGAUGCAGAUCACAUUGUUAAAGAUGUGAAGGAUAUAUUGCCUUUGAUAUUACCCCAUAGUUCAUGGCGGGAGUAUUACGCCUAUUCUACUGAUGACAGGGUCCUGGUAGAGCCAUAUUGCACUGAAGAUGCCGAUAUGAGACGUAUUAAAGAUUUGAGGACAGCAGAACUUGUUAUUUUAGAUCUUCAUGGUACUCUAAUAUGUCCCCAUACCAGAUAUGGUAAAUGGACUGAAAAACUUGGUGAAAGAUUGAAUGAAGCAACAGGGUUAGAAUUAGCAGAAAAAGUUUACAGUACUCUAGAUGUAUGUCAAGAUUCUCUCCAAGUAAAACAAGGUUUGCUGGCUGUUGAAGGAGCAGGUCCAAAGAUAAAAGCAGCGAUUGUGCAGAUCUUAUUGAAUGAAGGAUUUUACUAUGAAGAUGCCAUUAUGUUGGUAAACCAGGUUUGGAAUGAUUGUGAAGACACAUUGAAGUCGGAUCCCAAGUCCGUUGGUGGAGAUCUGAAGACUCUUUUUAGGAAUUUAAAGAAAUCAGGAGUGAAGGUCGCCAUUUGUACAGGUGAAAAUCGAGAUAAUGCGCUUAAAGAUUUAAUGACUCUAGACAUCAUGAAGUAUGUUGACAUGAUGGUUUGUGGCGAUGAUCCUUUAAGCGAACCUAAACCGUCUGCACACAAUACUCAUCUUAUUUGUGAAGAACUAAAAGUGGAUCCUUCAAAAGUGGUAGUAGUUGGUGAUACUGUAGAAGAUUUGUUUAUGGGUGAGAAGGCUAAAGUUAAAUCAAAAAUAGGUGUAUUAACCGGAGUCGGAUCCCGAAGUGAACUAGAAAAACACGCUGAUCAUGUUUUGCCAAGUGUAAGUCAUGUGUUAAAAUACUGUGUAGGAGACAUAGUGAUAGAAGAACUUACAAAACCUAAUGAUACAGACAAAAAAACAGUAGUGAGUACAGUUAAUCUUGAUUCAACACAAAAAUUAGGUACUCGGACAUAUCAUACACUCUCUAACAGAAUAAAAGAUUUUUUCUUUAGUCAACGGAGGCAUUAUUCUAGUAAUAGUGGUAGCAUUCCAUCCAGAGUGCGUGCCAAAAAAGCACUAGAAGAACUACCAACAUAUGAUUAUCUUGUUUUAGGUGCAGGAUCAGCUGGCUGUGUUCUAGCUAACAGAUUAACGGAAAAUCCCAAUAACAAAGUUCUAUUACUAGAAGCCGGGCCAAAAGAUAACACCUGGAAAAUUGAUAUGCCAGCUGCAUUAAUGUAUAAUCUGUGUGAUGAUAGAUAUAACUGGUUUUAUCACACUCAACCGGAAAAACACAUGAAUAACCGCGUCAUGUAUUGGCCUAGAGGCAGAGUAUGGGGGGGAUCAUCAUCUCUUAAUGCCAUGGUGUAUAUUCGUGGACAUGCACACGAUUACAAUAGGUGGGAAUCAGAAGGUGCUAAAGGGUGGUCUUAUGCUGAUUGUCUCCCUUAUUUUAGAAAGGCACAGAAUCACGAACUAGGAGGAGAUGAUUAUCGGGGAGGUGAUGGUCCAUUACAUGUUUCUCGAGGUAAAACUAACCACCCUUUACAUCAUGCUUUUAUUGAAGCAGGAAAACAGGCAGGUUACCCCUUUACAGAUGACAUGAAUGGCUACCAGCAAGAAGGUGUAGGUUGGAUGGAUAUGACCGUUCAUGAUGGAAAGAGAUGGAGUGCAGCAGCUGGUUACCUAAAACCUGUAUUAUAUCGCCCUAACUUAGAAACACAGACCAAAGCCUUGACCACUCGUAUUAUAUUUGACAAGCAUAAAGCUGUUGGUCUAGAGUAUGAACAUGGAGGGAUUACUAAGCAAGUUUAUGCCAGGAAAGAAGUUAUAUUAAGUGGUGGCUCUAUCAAUUCACCCCAGUUACUGAUGCUUUCGGGAAUAGGAAACGCUGAUGAGUUAAGAAAUCUUGAUAUUCCUGUUGUUGCUCACCUACCUGGAGUUGGAGAAAAUCUACAGGAUCAUUUAGAAGUUUAUGUUCAACAAGAAUGUCUUAAACCGAACACACUGUAUUCAGCACAGUGGAAAUUUCCACAUAACAUGAUAAGAAUUGGAUUACAGUGGUUUACUAGCAAUACAGGGUAUGGUGCUACUAGCCAUUUAGAAUCUGGGGGAUUUAUUCGCAGUAAACCAGGAAUAGAUCAUCCAGAUAUCCAAUUCCAUUUCCUGCCAUCUACUGUCAACGAUCACGGAAGGAAGGUGGGGCCCUGUCACGCCUUUCAGUUACAUGCUGGUACCUUGAGAGCAGCCAGUCGAGGACACAUCAAACUAAAAUCAAAUAAUCCGCAUGAGCAUCCUCUCAUAACUGCCAAUUAUUUUUCUGAACCAGAAGAUAUUGUAGACUUGAGGCAAGGCGUGAGACUCUCUAGAGAAAUCUUCAAUCAAAAGGCGUUUGAUGAAUUUCGAGGACGUGAAUUAGCACCAGGGUUUGCAAUGACCACUGACAAGGAAAUUGAUGAUUUCUUGAGAAAUAUGGCUGACUCAGCUUAUCAUCCUUCAUGUACAUGUAAGAUGGGGUCUGAAGACGACAAGAUGGCUGUUGUAGAUAAUGAAGGUAGAGUUUAUGGUGUUGAAAAUUUACGUGUGGUAGAUGCCUCUGUUAUGCCGAGUGUAGUUAGUGGUAACCUUAAUGGCCCUACCAUUAUGAUUGCUGAGAAAAUGGCUGAUAGAAUUUUAGGUAAUCCCCCACUACAGAAGUCUAAAGCACCAGUAUACCAACCUAAAUCUUUAGAAACCCAAAGAUAACAUUAUUAUUUUUAGUUUAUAUUAUUUCAAUCUGAUUAAAAUACAGAUCUAUAUUUCGUUUCGGUUUUUUAUAUUUCCGAUGGCCUACACUACAUGAAGAUCUGACAAGCUAUAGCGAUAGGUCACGUCAGGGGUCAAAAUAUUGACUUUUGACCUAUGACGUCAGACAUUUGAUUUACCAAUCAGCAUUGAUGUUACUAGUGGAUUACCCACAGUUCCGGUCAAAAAAGGUCAAACCCUCGAUUCGACAGACCAUUUGAUUGACUGACCCCUCAUUUCAAGCAGAACACGAGUUAAAUAACAAGUCUUCCAGAUCCAAGUGUAGUAAAGACAAGUAAAACGAAAUUUUGAACUAUAAAAACGAAACGAAAUAGGAUCUGUGUUUUAACCAGAUUGAUAUUAUUUUGUUGUGUUUGUAGAUUCUGUUCUAGUUUUCAUUUAUAUACAUCCAAUUGCCUGUUGAUUGAGAUGGAGAGAUAUUUUUGGGCUUAAAGUAAAGUAUAUUUUACAGAUAUUUCUUUUAUUUGUUGAUGUGAUAUGAUUCUUUUGCACCUGAAUAAUGGUUGUCAAGGUAUUAUGAAAUACAGGAUACCUUGCCUGCAGUAGCCAACUUUAUCAUAAACUUUGUUGGAAAAUUAUUUUUGAAAGAUUUAGGAUAUAUACAUGUCUCCAGUCUAAUUAUAAUCACGUGUUGUGUCAGUUACAUGUUGUUGUAUUUUUCAUGUUUUCUCCAAAUAUAUGACUUAUAUUCUGUUACAGGGCUGCAUUUGUGGUGCAUAAAAUUUAAAAAUCCAUGCACAUACAAGUGUUCUGUUAUGUUAGGGAUGUAGAACUCUCAAAAGUUGCUAAUGCAGUCAAAGUAUCAGAAGUAAUUAUCUUGUAAACCUUGAUAUUAUGAAGAUGUAUUUGUUUGUUAGUUUUCAUCAUAUAUUUAUAAUAAGUAAUUAUCUUGCAAUACUUUGAUAUUAUGAAAAUGUAUUUGUUUAUUAGUUUUCAUAAUAGAUUUAAUUAUUUUAACCAAUACUGUUAUGAUUUGCCAUAUUUGUGUAAAGUAUGUCAUGUAUAUGUCACUGGUACUUACAAUUUGUAUCAGAUAAUUUACAUGUAGAUUUAAAGUAUUGUUGAUUAGAGUCAUGUUUCACAAUAACUAAACAUUAAAACUAAACAAUAUAUAGACAAACACAAUUACUAAUUUACUAAUCCAAUAAUCUUGUUGAACAUGUUGGGUCAACCAUCAACAAUGAAAAACAACCUGCAUGUACAUUGUGUUUUAUUGAUAUGCAAGUUUUGUGUAACCCCUGUGUUGCCUUUCUUAAAAAACUCAUUUUGUACAAUUAACUGAAUAUAAGAACAAGAAAUAACUUAAAAUAUAGGCAUAGAAUAAUUAAUGAAAUAGUUAUUCAUCUGUAUGUCUAGUCCAUACUAUGAUCAGGUUGUCAUAACUAUUGUUGAAAUCACAUAAACACAACUUUAUGGAUAACAAUCACUAGCAAGUUUAAUAGUCCAGUUUUUAGUUUGAAUAGAAUGUUGUAGUAGUCAUUAUGUUUGACAAUAUAUUUAAUACGCUUUAGUCAUUAAUAUUGUUAACAUGAUCAGCCAAUUGUUAUUGACCCACAUUUAUAUUAAAAGUGGUUGAUAUUACUGGUAUAUAUGAUAAAUGUAAUUUAAUUCUAAGAAUUUUAUAAUGGAUUUAUAUUAUAUCCAAUUAAUUUGAAAUCCAAUGGUAUUUCAUUAUUAAUAUAUGUUCUGUGAAGAAGUUAAUAUAUACAUCUAUUGUUUUGUAUAUUAGUGGAAUUACCCAGUAAGAUUAACUUAAAUUUUCUUAAAAUGGCUAGAUCUCUUUGAGUCUGAGAUACAACUGAAAGUUAUAUUGGUUUUGACAAAGAACCACUAAUACUAGAAAUAGGAAACUACGAUUAGUAAACAUACCUACUCAAAACAUGAUAUUUCAAAACAAGAAUUUAGUCGUACAGAGGUAGGAAAAGUGUCUAGUUGUUUGGAUGAGACAGAAAGCAGAGGUCAUUCAUGGUACAUAAAAGAACGCUUAGAAAUCGAUUAAGAGUAGGUGGAAAUGCCAUUGUUUUAGCCAAAUUUCUUUCAUAGAAAAUGGCAUGUGCUCAUCAUAAACAUAGGACCUUAAACCACAUUUCAUUUCCGUAAUCAUAGAGGUUUAGCUACUUUAAAGUUGAUUGAAUUGUUUACCUUAGAAAUCUCAGGCCUGAAUGAAAUUUUGAAUAAAUGGUUGAUGAAUUUAAUGCUGUUGUAUAUAGAGAGUCUGACUACUUAAUUGAAAUUAUUUUGGUCCAAGUAAAAAAAUAUAAAAAUUAUGUGUUACAUUCAUCUGUUUAAAUAAUUAAAAAUAUAAUAUUUUGUGCAAUAUAAAUUUUAUUGAAGCUGUAUUAGAGCGGGAGCCCAGGGCGUUAACCUAGCUGAAAAGUGUACCAAUUUUCUCCUAUAUGGUCUCAAUGCAUGUAUAUCUGGUAUCAUCAGAAUGUAAGUCUGCCGGGUUUCCGGUGAUGGGUGUGGUAUUCCACGCCCAAAAUACCACGCCCCCCAACUAGGCUAGAUUAGCUCAAAAGUGUACCACAUAAAAAUCUUACAGCAGUGUACCGUACAUCUGCAGGUGUUACAAAAACACUCUAACAGACAUUUAUAGUGAUGGGUUACCCCUGACAGAGCUAUGUAAUUGUCAGACAUUUGUAGUGGUAGAGUAUCCAUGACAUGAGUUUUCUAAUUUCCAGACCACAGCUAGGCUAGAUUAGCUGAAAUCUGUACCACCUAAAACAGCUUUGGAGUUGUUCAGUACCACUACAGGAAUCAUGAAUGUCCUGUGAUGGUACUGAACAACUCCAAAGCUGUUUAAGGGGGUACAGAUUUCAGCUAAUCUAGCCUAGCUGUGGACUGGGAAUUAGAUAACUCUGUCAGGGAUACUCUACCACUACAAAUGUAUGACAAUUACAUAGCUCUGUCAGGGGUAACCCACCACUAGAAAUUUCUGUUAGAGUGUUUUUGUAACACCUGAAGAUGUACGUUACACUGCUGUACGAUUUUCAUGUGGUACACUUUUGAACUAAUCUAGCCUAGUUGGGAUGCAUGGCAUUUUGGGCGUGGAAUACCACACCCAGCACCGGAAACCGGCAGACUUACAUUCUGAUGAUAUCAGAUAUACAUGCAUUGAUAAAAUAUUGGAAAAAAUUGGUACACUUUUCAGCUAGGUUGACCUCCUGGGCUCCAGGUCUAUAUGUAAAGUUUAAUUAAAAAUUAGACCAUACUGUCUUUUGGUCUGAUAUGUCAUAACCUGUCAUUUAUAUUUACACAAAGUAAAUCUUUUAAUAACUUCUGCUGACUGAUCCCUAUUUUCUAAUAUGAAAAGAUGUUUUCCUAUGGCCAUAAUGGUUUUUAGUCAAUCACUGUUGCUCAAUAAGACCACCUAUAGAACAAAUUAACCAUAAGGAAGUAGUUAGAUAUUAUGUAGUGUAAACCAACAUGUGUUCAUGUCGGAAUAAAAUGAGAGUUAGUUUUAAUUAUGUUGAUGUACAUUUAUUCGUAUUACACUGUCUUUUUAAAAUUUGAUAUCGGUAAAACAAAAUACUCCCCCAAACCAGUAAAACACAGAAGUUUACAUUAGGAAUGUCAUUUUAUUGAGAAAAUGUAAACUUAAAAUUUAUAAUGGACCUGUGUUGAAGAGAAGUUAUUUAUGCAGUUCAUUUUUGUCUUAAAGUGUCAACUUGUGAUUUGUUUUGUGUUUAAAGCUUUUAGACACCUUAAAUUGUUUAAAUGUACAUUUUAGAUGAAGUCUUAUUAUAGGAGUAUAUAAUCGUCAUAAUGGUUAUCAUUGAAGGAGUUGUCCUACCCAAGUAUAUUUUGUGAAUAAAGCAUUAUCUUGGAAUGGCA